AUGUCGAACAUAGUAUCCCAAAUCGAAAAUCUUUUUUUAACUGGACAUUUAGAUGCAGUUUGUGGUGCGAACGUAGUUUAUCUGGCAAUGAAUGGCAACAAUUUGGGUAGAUAUGAAGACAUCAGAACUUUAGCAGAUCGUGCAGUAAAUUCGGCCUUAAUGAAAAUAACCGAUACGGAGCGAAGAACAAGAGUCUUGGAAGUUCUACCAGAGAUGAUGGUUGCUUACAAAAGCAUUGUAGGUUUGAGAGUAUUAAAAGCAUUAAAUACGGAUAGAGAAGACACUCCGGAUAAAACGAGAGAAGAAAUAGAAAAAAAUUAUAAUGCAUUAAAGUCAAGCCUUAGUAGUCCCAAGACUGAUUCUGAUGUAUCUCUUUAUGACGCCCUCAAAAAAAAUUUGGUGAAAUACAUUAAUCCUUUUGAUCUUUCAUGGCAAGAUCCAGAAGCUAAUAUGGUUUUAAGUGAUGAUUCGGUUUUAGUGGAAAAAUUAGGAAAGAGACAAAAACGUGCUUUCAUGGAACCGUGUGAAAACAUGAAAUGUACAUUACCCGAGUCGGUUGUUUCUAAGUGUGAGCAGUUUGUAUGUGAUUUUAAUGAGGCGAUUAAUACAGAUAUACCUAGAAACAUUGUACAUGAUAAGACUUGGAAAGAAAACGUAUCUAAAUUAGAGAAAAGAGCUGAGCGUAUACUGAGUGUUCUGUAA